AGUGCGCUGCAGAGCUGCCGUGGUCCGCGUGUGUGACGCAGCCUUUGUGGAAGCUAACCCAGCGGAUCCCGCGCCGAUGGCCAGCACGCGUUGCAACAAGGAGGCGGUGACCUUCGAGGACGUGGCUGUGAACUUCUCCCGGGAGGAGUGGGCGCUGCUGGAUCCGCCCCAGAGGAAGCUCUACCGAGACGUGAUGUGGGAGACCCUGAGGCACCUGGCCGCCGUAGGAAGGAGCUCAGAUGACCAGCAAAGUGAAGAUGAGUUCAGAAACUUCCAGAAGCGUGUAAGAAGCGAAGAGGUAGAGAAAGCCUCUCAAUAUACAUUAUGGUAUCAACAUGGAGAAAUGGAUUCUCGGACUCCAGAUACAAAUGUGCACAUGAAAGUUGUUGGUAUAAACCCCGGUGAAAGCCUUUCCUCCAUGAGGCCCCUGGCUGGUCUUUCAUCAGGAGAUGGGCCCAUCCUGGCGAACACUGCACUCAAACGAUACAGGCAGCAGGGAUUUCAAGAGAAGCUGCCUACCUGUAACAAACAUGGCAGGAUCUACACAGAGCUCCAGUCCUUCUGGAAACAUGCAAGGACAAGUCCUGGGGAAAAACCCCUUGAUUAUAUGCCAGAUGUAAAAUCCUAUUCUGAUUACCCUGAAGAAGGUACCAUUGAAGAGAAGUCAGAUGUGAUAUUCAUUACGCCUAUCAAUAUUCAAAUCAGGGAACGAAGUCACAGUGAAGUGAUUACCUAUAUAUAUGUACCAUUAAAAGGUUUUGAUUCUUACCAUGAAGUUCAGACGCAUGAAAAAGCUGAUUCUGGAGAAAAAUCCUGUAGACACUAUGUAAAGUCAUUCACUAGCAGUUCGUUGGAUAAUCAUGAAAGAAUUAACAUUGGAGAGAAACCCUAUGCAUGUAAGCAAUGUGGGAAAACUUUCAGCAGAAAAGAGAAUUGUCAAGAGCAUGAAAGAACCCACAGUGGAGAAAAACCCUACAUAUGUAAGGAUUGUGGGAAAGCUUUCAGCACACAAAGAAAAUGUAAAGUACAUGAACGGAUUCACAGUGGGGAGAAACCCUAUGUAUGUAAGCAGUGCGGGAAAGCUUUCAGCACAAGCGGUAAUUGUCGAACACAUGAAAGAAAUCACACUGGGGAGAAACCCUAUGUAUGUAAGCAGUGCGGGAAAGCUUUCAGCAAAAGUAGCACUUGUACAAUCCAUGAAAGAAUUCACACAGGAGAGAAACCUUACGUAUGUAAACAAUGUGGGAAAGCUUUCACCACCCAUGAUAUUUAUCGAAUACAUGAAAGGACUCACACUGGGGAGAAACCCUAUGUAUGUAAGCAGUGUGGAAAAGCUUUCAGCAAAAGUAGUACUUGUCGAAUUCAUGAAAGAAUUCACACUGGAGAGAAGCCCUAUGUAUGUAAGCAGUGUGCGAGAGCUUUCAGGACAAAAGAAGGCUGGCAAAUACAUGAAAGGACUCACACUGGUGAGAAACCAUAUGCAUGUAAGCAAUGUGGCAAAGCUUUCAGCACAAAGUGUGAAUGUCAAACUCAUGAACGGAUCCACACUUCAGAGAAACCCUAUGUGUGUGGACACUGUGGAAAAGCUUUUAGCAGAAAAUGUAAUUGUCGAGUACAUGAAAGGACUCACAGUGGUACAAAACCGUAUGUAUGUAAGCAGUGUGGGAAAGAUUUCAGAACAAAAGUAGGUUUGCAGUCGCAUGAAAUGUCGCACACUGGUGAUAAACCCUAUGAGUGUAAGCAGUGUGGCAAAACUUUCAGCACGAAGGAGUAUUUCCGAACACAUGUAAGAAGGCAUGUUGGUGAGAAACCCUGUGCGUGUAAGCAGUGUGGCAAGGCUUUCAGCACAACCUGUGAGUUUCAAACUCAUGAACAGAGUCACACUUCUGAGAAACCCUAUGCAUGUACACACUGCGGAAAAGCUUUUAGCCAAAAGCGUUAUUGUCAAGUACAUGAAAGGACUCAUACUGGUGGUAACCCGUAUGUAUGUAAGCAUUGUGGGAAAGCUUUCAGAACAAAAGUAGGUUGGCAGUCACACGAGAUGACACACACUGGUGAGAAACCAUAUGCAUGUAAGCAAUGUGGCAAAACUUUCAGCACAAAGAAAUAUUUUAGAACACAUGAAAGAAGUCACAUUAGUGACAAAGCUGAGUGCGUGCAAGCAGUGUGGCAAAGCUUCCAGCACAAGGUGUGAUUGUCAAACUUACGAGCAGAGUCACACUUCAGAGAAACUCUACGUACACACUGUGCAAAAGCUUUUAGCAGAAAACGUUGAGAACUUGAAAGGACUCACAAUGGUGAAAAACCUUAUGUAUGCAGACAAUGUGGGAAAGCUGUCAGCCUACAUGAUCAUUGCCGGUGACAUGAAGGAUCACAGAAGUAGUUUCACAUACAUGAAAUAAAUUAUGCUUGAGAAAGUAUACACAAAGGAAAGGCCUCUGUAGCCAUUAACAAGCCUCCCAUGUAUAUGAACAAGGAAGAGUACGACAACUCACGGAAGUGACUUAGACGUGAAUGAGACUGAGAGCCUUUUCUUGUAAACAGUAUAACAUCAUGGAUCAUCACAUACAUGAAAAAUUCAUAUUGAGACUUAAUAUGUCAGCAAUGUGGGUGUUUUUUAAAUUAACACAAAAUACUGCACAUGAUAGGGAACAUUACAUGGAAACAUAGCAAACCUUCAGUUCUUCCACGUACCUUGAAAUAUAUGAAAGAAGUCCUAUGGAAGAGAAAUUCUGUUUAAUGUGAGAAAGCAUUUUAUGAUGCCCAUAACAUCACAAAACAAAUUCUUAAGUGUCAGUAUAAAUACAAAAAAUGAGAACUCUAUUCUUUACUAUUUUGAAUAAAGCAUGAUAUUGCACAGUGGAGAAAGUUCAUGCCAAUGUUUGUUAUGUGGGAAUACCUGUAGUCACUUUGGUUUCAUUUAUGUCACCAAAAAAAAAAUUAUAAGAAAUUGUUAAUAUAAGGGUUGUACACAAGUUAUUAGUUGUCCUAUACGCAAGAGUGAACACUGUAUCGAAACACUUCGAAUGUGCAAAGGUCUCAGUUAUAACUCGCGUAUUCCACAUCCUUUUGAUCACUUUUUUUUUUUUU